UUUAUGAUUUUCUGUUCUGAGCAUCUCUGAAACCAGGCCGUCGUCUGUAGUGCCGGCCCUCCCAUGUGUCAUGCGUGCGAGUGCGGAGCGCACUUCAGAUAUUGACACCUCAGGCACCAGAUGUGAAACAUCUUUUUCUUCGUUGGUCUGCUUCGCAUCCUCGUGCAAGUGCGCAAAAAACCUCCACCAGGCCCUGCUUGUCCGCCACCUCCGUCACGCGUAAAUUUGUGACAGCGCCAAUUUUGUCGAUUCCGCGAUGCCGACGUUUGAGGCUUUGCGAGGCCGUCAGCUACUGACCACGGUCAGCGAUCUCGCAGAGUUCCCCUUAGUGCCUCUCUCGUCAUUCCUGGCGGAGCGCCCUCCACAGCGUUUUGGAUAGCAACCUCCGUUUCUCCGGAUCUUGCUCCUCUUGCUCUGAUGCCAGCAGCGUGUUCCCGAACAUUCAUUGGCGGCGUCAAGCCGUUUUUCGCAGCUGCGCCUACGAUAAUUCCGUUGAUAUCUGUCAGGUUGUUACGCUCUGUUGCGAGUCCAGCUGACAAUGAUUCAUGAGGCUGGGAGGGUUCGUCGUCUUCGCCCAGCUGGGGUUGACAGCCCCGCAUCGAGUUCAUUUCCCGCUGUCUGCCAUGUCGCUGCACCCUCAAAGACGUUGACUGACUGAUUUGAAUUGGCUUGUGGUCGGACUUGCCCGCGGAUGCCGGCACGAGUCGCACAGUCCAAAUACAGACAACGGACGAAUACACAGUCAAUUCGGUUGCAGUUUCAGUGUUGCAAGAACGAUGUGUCCUGAGCGAAUAUUAUGCUCGUUCAAAUAACAAAGCUAAAGGGAUAGCCAUACUACGUGCAACCAGUGUUCAGAGGGAUGUUUUUUUUUCGGAGGGAGCAGUGGAGGCAGUGGAGGGCAGGCAGUGCAAGGACGAGCGAGGCUUUUGUUGUUCCUCCGUUCAAUGGAGUCCUGGGGAAGCGUUGUGGAGCUUCAUCGGUCUCGAAAGGAAGAAGGAUGAUAGGGCUUGGCUUGGGCAUGGGCCGGCAAAGGGACAUCUUUAUAUCAAGGCUCUCGUGCAAGCGUGGGGAGGUUGUCUUGCAGGCGGGGUCGUGCUAGGCUGCCCCCACGUGAAGGCCUCCUGUACGGGGAAAUCCACGCAGGGCUGGCUGACUUGUGGGAUGGGCAAGUCGUUGUGGGACUUGGGGGCGAUCUAUGUACACGCAUCGCUCUAAAGUCUGCCGCUGUCAACAUGUGUUGAAUUUCCAUUGCGAUGUGCCUUUGUCCUCCCAUGAUCACCCCGCACAGGUCUUUGCUUGGAACGAAUGGGAGUCCCACACCAGUUGCGUAUCUGAGGCCCAGAAGUACCAGGGUAAGUUGUACGAGGCCAAGGAGGACAACAAAAAAGGCCAAGUCAAGCAGGACGCUUGGAUUGACAACAUCGAGAAAAAGAUUGCGGAUCCGGCGUCUGGCAUCUCCCCACAGACCAAAGGGUUGUUACAGAAGCUUCUGGGCUUCAACAACAUCCCAAGGAAACAGAAACCCUUCGGGAAUUUCGUCAAGAAUUCUGUCAAGAUAUGGGACGAGAAAAAGAUCAGCGAGAUGUGGGAGGUUAUCAACAGCGCCAACAAAGCGCCUGCCAACGCAAGUGCCGGUGCCACGGCGCCCAAUGGGGCCAACGCAGCUGCAGGUGCCUCUGAUGCAGCGGCCACUGCAGCGGCGAAGCCGGCAGCGGCCGCCGCCGCAGCUGCUGGCGCGAAGGCCGCCGGCGCCGGCGCGUCGGCGUGGCGAGGUUGGAAGCGGGCCCUCGACGAGGAGCUUCAGUCCGCGCCUGGCAACGAGCUGCCCUGGAAGCGGCUGCGCGACGCGCUGGUGCAGAGGUACUGCAGCGAGCACGUAGCGAAGGGCGAGAACAGCAGCGACAACCUCGGACUGGAGUUCGCGGCGCUGGCCUGCAUACCCGAGGCGUACCUGAGCAAGUCGGACGGGCUCGUCAGGCUGCCCGACAAGGCCAGCGAUGCGUGAGGCGGUCACUCGCGCGGCCGCGGCGGGGUUGGCCGUGAGGGCAACCUCUGGCAGCACCCGCCGCCCCUCCGCCCUCGCGGCCUGCGCCCGACCCCCUCGGCCCCCUCCGCCCUGCGCCUCGGGAUGUAGGAUGGCUUGGCGGCCUCCUCCUCGUCGCCCUCUGUCCCAAACGGAAGACAGGUCCUCUGGUGGUAUCGGAGGGCCUCAGCGGCCGCGGCGGCGGGCGCCCGAGCGCGGGCGCCGCGAUGCGGGCGCGGACAAGGGAUCUGUCACGCAGCGCUGCGAGAGAGGGAGAG